CCUGUCUCCCCCGUGGGCACGCAGGCCACCAUGAAGGGCAUCACUGCGGAGCAGCUGGACGCGCUGGGCUGCCGGAUCUGCCUGGGCAACACCUACCAUCUGGGUCUGAGGCCGGGCCCGGAGCUGAUCCAGAAAGCCCAAGGUCUGCACGGCUUCAUGAACUGGCCCCACAAUCUGCUAACGGACAGCGGCGGCUUCCAGAUGGUGUCCCUGGUGUCCCUGUCCGAGGUGACGGAGGAGGGCGUCCGCUUCCGCUCCCCCUACGACGGCGACGAGACCCUCCUGAGCCCGGAGAGGUCCGUGGAGAUCCAGAACGCGCUGGGCUCAGACAUCAUCAUGCAGCUAGAUGACGUGGUCAGCAGCACUGUGACGGGGCCACGUGUGGAGGAGGCCAUGUACAGAUCAAUCCGCUGGCUAGACCGGUGCAUUGCAGCCCAUCGGAGGCAAGACAAGCAGAAUCUCUUUGCUAUCAUCCAGGGUGGGCUGGACGCGGAUCUCCGGGCCGCCUGCCUCGAAGAGAUGACCAAGAGGGACGUGCCUGGCUUUGCCAUCGGGGGACUGAGCGGGGGUGAGAGCAAGGACCAGUUCUGGAGGAUGGUGGCACUGAGCACUUCAAGGCUGCCUAAGGACAAGCCCCGAUACCUGAUGGGGGUUGGCUAUGCCACUGAUCUGGUGGUCUGCGUGGCUCUUGGAUGCGACAUGUUCGACUGCGUUUUCCCCACGAGGACAGCGCGCUUUGGCUCUGCCCUGGUGCCUACAGGGAACCUGCAGCUGAAGAAGAAGCAGUUCCAGAAGGACUUCCGCCCCAUAGACCCUAAGUGUGCCUGUCCCACUUGCCAGAAGCACAGCCGUGCCUUCCUGCAUGCACUACUACACAGCGACAACACUGCAGCCCUGCACCACCUCACUGUUCACAACAUCGCCUACCAGCUGCAGCUGAUGGGCGCCCUGCGAGCCAGCAUCAUGGAGAAACGCUUUCCUGAGUUUGUGCGGGACUUCAUGAACACCAUGUAUGGGGACCCCACCCUCUAUCCCACCUGGGCCACUGAAGCCCUGGCCUCUGUGGGAAUCUCAUUGACUUGACCCAGCUUAGGGGAGGGAGGGAGGGGAUGGGAGAUAUUGAAGGGUUGGAUUUUUUAUUAUAAUUUAGAGUGUGUCUGUUCCUUCUUGGGGAGGUGGUCUGUCUUGGUCCCCUUCUUUGUCUGACUGUCCCUGCGGUCGAUGUCCCUCAUCUCACAUUGAUUGUAAUAACUAGUAACCAUAGCAGCAGCUGGGAUCUGGAAACCACCUCUCAGCCCAGCAUGUAGGAAGUACCCCAGAGGGGGAGCUGCAUUCCUUUUCCUGUGGCCCAGGUCUCCUAACCCCUCGGGGGUCAGUCAGCACUCCUGUCCUCCCCCUUUUUAUAUGUCAGUAAACAGGCCCAGAGAGAGGAAGUAGCUAACCCAAGGUCACCACCGAGGAAGUAGUAGCCUGUCUCCAGAGCUCAUGCCCUUGGCCUUGACUCUUCAAACUUGGCAUAAUCUUGCUGUCAGUAAGCACAAUGAUAAUGAUAAUAGGUGUGAUCUAGCAGGUGCUUACACUGCACCCGGGCCUGUUCUAAAUGGUUGUAAUGUGCAUUUAAUUCUUACUACUUUAUGAUGCAUGAAUGGCGACCUUCCCCAUUUUACAGACGAAGAAACUGAGUUUCAGGGGAAUGAAGUCCCUUGGUCCCCCAGCAAAUAAACAGGCCCAGGAUCUAACCCUGAUAUGGCCAAUUACAGAGCUGGUGUUCUUAGAAGAUAAGGGAUUUUAAAUGGAAAAAGUAAUACAUGUGUAGGACCACCAUUCAAAUAGCAUAAAAAUUCAACUGAUCAGUUUGUGUAUUUUUUCAGAAACGUUCCAUGUGUACAUAUUUUUCAUGAAUGUCGGUGUCCUUUACAUGCAGUUUUGUACCUUGCUUUUUUUCUCAGUAUAUUUCAAAUUGUUUACAUGUCAAUACAUGAGACUUCCUUAUCUUU